AAAUUCCUAAUUUCCUCCGUUAUCCGACAAAGUUCUAUGCUCUGGUAGUCUGGUGGUAUUUUCCGUCCGCCGGGUUGACCUAUUAUUGGACUUCGGAUGGCUUUUUCCGCGGCCACUCCUACCGCUAGUCCUUCAACGACGCACGCUCUUAAUGCCUCGAGCUUUCGAUUCGAAGCUAAGUUCUCACUCUCUUGCCUGUUUCCCGUUUCUUCUCUGCGGAUUUCGUCCCCACAUCUUGCUUCAAGAUGCAGACCUCCAGCGUCAGUUUCUCAGCGCGGAAAGUCGGCUCAUAUUGGAUUCUGGGCAUGUUCUCAAGUUGGUGCUACUGGAUCCAAUCCUUUAUUAAAGAAUUUAUAUAACUUCCAAGAUUCGUGUUGGAGAUUUUUAAGGCCACACACGAUUCGUGGGACUGCCCUGGGAUCUGUAGCUUUGGUUGUUAGAGCUUUAAUAGAGAAUCCGGCCCUAAUAGAUUGGUGGUUGAUAUUCAAGGCAUUAUAUGGGCUCAUAGCUCUUAUUUGUGGCAAUGGUUACAUUGUGGGGAUUAAUCAGAUUUAUGACGUUGGAAUUGACAAGGUUAACAAGCCAUAUUUACCGAUAGCUGCUGGAGAUCUUUCAGUGCAGUCUGCAUGGCUUUUGGUGUUAUUUUUUGCUUCAGCUGGCCUACUGAUUGUUGCAUUCAACUUUGGUCCGUUCAUUUCUUCUUUAUACUGUCUAGGUCUUUUGCUUGGCACUCUCUAUUCUGUUCCUCCUUUUAGACUGAAGCGGUAUCCAGUUGCAGCAUUUCUUAUCAUAGCCACGGUACGUGGUUUUCUUCUCAAUUUUGGUGUAUACUAUGCUACUAGAGCUGCAUUGGGCCUUUCCUUUAAUUGGAGCUCUCCUGUCUCAUUCAUCACAGCAUUUGUGACAUUAUUUGCAUUGGUCAUUGCGAUAACCAAAGAUCUCCCUGAUGUUGAAGGAGACCGCCAGUUUCAGAUAUCAACUUUUGCGACUAAGCUUGGUGUCAGGAAUAUAGCGCUUCUUGGUAUUGGGCUAUUGCUGGCAAACUAUGCAAGCGCAAUUUUUGUAGCACUUUUUAUGCCACAGGCUUUCAGACGCAGUGUUAUGAUAUCUGCACAUGGUAUCUUCGCAUUAGGCUUGAUUUUGCAGGCAUGGGUUUUGGAACAAGCCAAGUAUACCAAGGACGCCAUAUUGCAAUUCUAUCGAUUUAUUUGGAACCUCUUCUAUGCAGAAUAUCUCAUUUUUCCUUUAAUAUAGCCAAACCAAUGGUGCUUUUUGGCUUUUAGUUUCCUGCCUGUACUUUGGUUCUACUGUAAUUUGUAGUCUGAAUAUAUAAAUUUUUCAGACAAAAGUGCUCUUCUAUUUGAUCUAUAUUGUAACUUUUUAUAUACUAAUAAUUAAGAUUGUACUUAACUAUAUGAAACUCUCAUUAAUGCAAGAUUUGAAGAGUCAAUUAAGGCAAAU